UAUUUUUAUGUUCUGUUCACACGGGAGGGCGGCUAUUCAAACAGGCCCUUAAUCAAGAUCGGGCGGUAAAACGAGCAUAUACGUUAUGUACAAUAAAAAAUAUCUUCUUAGGGUUUUGAAUUUUAUAAGUUCAUGCUGGUGCAAGGUUGUGAUUUAUGCAGAAUUUUCAUGGCUCUCUGACUUGGAUUGAGAAUAAAAGAGGGUUUGUAUUUGGCAGUUUCAUACAAAAUAAGCAGCAUACUCAAUUUCAGAUUCAGUAUGUUAUUAUGAGUGAGCGUUUUGAAUGUUACUAAACUUGAUAAUAUUCAAAUCAAUUGAAUAGAUAUUUUAUAUCAUCAAAUAAACUAUCUCAUAUUCGAUAUAAUUUGCCUCAGAUUGGUAUCUAAUGCAACAAUUGCUGGAAAUCUAAAUCAUUGGCCUCAUUUUUCCUAUGUAAAAAUCCUGUCAUUUCCCAGCUGACAACAUCAAUUAAUCCAUUAUUGUGCUGAUCAUUCAUAUUCACAAUCUUUUUUGACACAAGACAUCUGUGUUCAAAUAGUCCUAGUAGAAAUUCUUUAAUUUUGUGCAUUAACUUGUUGUUCAACUUGAUUGAAACUUAUUUAUAAUGCCCACCCCUAUCGAUUGUUUUUUCUGUUGAAAAUUGUGCAAGUAUAAGUAGUAUUCCUAAAAAUUGCUGUUAUUUGUUAAUUUAUGUCAACUUUCUCUGAUACGAGUGCAGUCAUGAAUGACAUCUUUCAAAAUUAGACCUUGAUAAAAAAAAAACUCCUUUGCAAUAAUGUGUCAUUAAUUUCUAAUUUAGACUUAUUUAUAAUGUAAUUUACAACACUGUAGUCGAUUUACUUAUGUUCAUAGUUCUUCAUGGUAAAAUCCAUUAUUAGAAGUCAAGAGAACGAAACAAUGUCUAGUUCAGUCGCUAGAUCGACAUCUAUUGUUAUUUUGGUGCUGGCUAUGAUCGCAGCAGCAAAGGCUCAAGAGUUUCAUCCAAAAGAAGUCGGAGAAGCUUUUAUUCAAAAGAAGUCUGCUCACUCAUUGGUCGAUUCAAAGUCUCUAAAGUUCAAAGUUGACACUGCGAAACUGACUGUUUUUGUUCACGCUCUAACUGAUGACAACAAAAACAAUUUAUCAUAUCCUGUGCAGAUAUACUUUCUUUCUGAUUAUUGUCAUAAUUGUUCGUACUACUAUGUGACGAAUAUAACAGGGAUUCAUAAGCACUAUACAACGACAUUUCUUGUAGAUUCAAAGUGGAAUUCAAAUGUCAUGUUCAUGUCCAACCUCAGUAAAUCUAACAUAUCGUGCAGCGAGAAUGUAUCAUAUCAUUUUGGUGAGAGAGGGGAAUAUACCUGGCAAAUAGAAAUACGAGAUACAACAACCAAUGCAAGUUGUUCAUCCAAUGGAAUUACAGUUGUCACAAAACCAUGGAACUCAUACUUACCUAUCCUUGUGGCAUUUUGCAUUCUUCUUGGCCUUGCAAUUGUAUACUCCAUUGUUGAUACAUUUUAUAGUCGAAGAUUGUUGAAUAGAUCUGAAUCAGUGGACAGAUUUAUCAAUUCAGAUCUUGGAAGUACUACCACAAUGGAUGAAACCAUGGUUCCAGAACCAAGGCCUGCCAGAGAACGUAUGAAGUCCGUAGAUUCUUUCAGAGGAAUGUGUAUCGUGAUCAUGAUAUUUGUCAACUAUGGAGGAGGCUCUUAUUGGUUUUUCGCCCAUGUUGCUUGGAAUGGAUUAACUGUUGCUGAUCUGGUGUUUCCAUGGUUCAUGUUUAUUAUGGGGAUAAAUAUUGUGUUGUCGAUUGAUAGUUUAGAAAGAAAAGCAACACCAAAAUGGGAAAUUGCUUAUAAGAUCUUGAGAAGAACUGCGAUUUUAUUCUUUCUUGGCUUGUGUAUCAUCAACCAUAACACUGAUUUUGUCAACAUGAGAAUACCAGGAGUUCUACAGAGAUUUGCAGUUGCAUAUUGCAUUGUAACGUUACUACAUUGGGGAUUCCAUAAAUCAGUUUCUGAUAUUUCAACCAUGGUAGUUAAUGCUACUUCAGAAGAUGGAAGUAAUCCAUGGUGGUAUCUAAUUCGUGAUAUCAAAGUUUAUUGGUUGCAAUGGAUUAUUAUUGCUUGUUUUGAAGUGUUAUGGCAUUGUCUUACGUUUCUGUUACCUCUCGACAAUGGUUGUCCAACUGGAUAUAUUGGACCUGGUGGCUUAGCAGAUCAUGGUAAAAAUUUCAAUUGUACUGGUGGUGCUGCUGCUUAUAUUGACAGAAAAGUAUUUGGAGUAAAACACUUGUAUGGUAGCACAACUGCUAAAAAAGUGUAUUUCCCCCCUGAUUUUGAUGAAACUAUUCCUUUUGACCCAGAAGGACUUCUUGGAUCAAUUCACAGCAUCUUGAUAGUAUUUUUAGGAUUGCAGGCUGGUAAGAUCUAUUUGUACUACAAGGAACCAAAACAGAGAAUUAUCCGAUGGUAUUGUUGGUCAUUACUUCUUGGUGUUAUAUCUGCAGUCCUGACUAAAUUUUCUCAGUAUGACGGUUGGAUUCCAGUAAAUAAAAAUUUAUGGUCUACAUCAUUUGUGACAACUCUUUCAUGUUUUGCAUUCUUCAUACUACCUACAAUGUAUUACAUUAUUGAUAUCAAAAAAUUGUGGACUGGUGCUCCAUUCUAUUUUGUUGGAAUGAAUAGUAUCUUCAUAUAUGUCGGACAUGAGGUGUUUACGGGAUAUCUUCCAUUUAGUUGGGGUGCUGGUUCUACGUCAACUCAUGCUGAAUUACUCGCAAUGAAUAUGCUGGGAACUACUUACUGGGUCAUCAUAGCUUACUAUUGCUACAAGAUCAAGUUUUUUGUCAAGAUUUAAUCCCAUUUACUCUAUCAAAAAGUUCCAUUUGAUUUUUAUUAUAUAUUUUUCUGGUUACUCUACUCCAUGCUCAAAUGUGGUUAUUCAAAUUGGCAAAGUGUAGUAAUGUUAUUCUGCAUUUGCCACCGUUAUAGGUCCGAGUAUUGGUCAAUGUUCUAUAUCUAUAAUUAAAAUCACUACUCAAAUUCUGUAAAUUGUGGUGCCAAAUUUUUUAUUAUAUGUAUUCUAUGGAUGCUUAUCGCUUUGUUGCAGAACCCAUACUAUUACCGUAUAUAUUGAUUCAUAUUGCCAUUUACUCUCCUAGUGUUCAUAUGCAUUGAUUUUCACAUAAUUAGUUACAAUCAUUAAAGAUGAAUCACUAGUAGACUAGGCUUGAUUUAACUUUUCGAAAAUGUAAUCUCACUGGAUGCAAAGUUUUCUUUUCGGGGGAACUUAGCUCAUGGUUCAAAUUAUCUCGAUUUUUUCAGGAAUUCCUUAACAUUAAGAUUUUGACUAUAAUUUCAGUACGGGCCAUAUCACCCCUUUAAUAUCUUAUCAGAUAUCAUUAGCUUGUUUUCUUUAAAAACCUAGUUUUCCUAUGAUUCCAUGGUGCAGUAUUUGUUAUAUAUUCAUGUCACAUGUGCAAUAUCUUAUGCAUAUUUUUCCGUUUUUUUUUUAUUAUAUAUAUUGGUCCAUCUACAAGCAGUGAUAAGGCUACAUUAUAUUCCCCAUAAAGUUAUUAAUUGCGAGGUAUGUCAAAAAUGAAAUUUUGUUAAACUUUCUGGUGUGAAUUUACCGCCAAAUUUGAGGUGCAAUUUUGCAAACGGUAUGUACCUUAUCACUGCUCAGUAAUUUGUAACGCAUUCUGAGUAUUAUAUAAAAAUUAUCAUUGAAA